AAGUAAAAAGGGGAGGUGCCCAAUGUCGCCGUGUGGUUCUUCGGUGCGGUGCAGUGCCUUCCCACACUGGCUUGGACUCGAUAGACGCGUGGAUGUUCUGUGUGGACUCUUUCUUGAAAUAUUCCAGAACGCCAACAGGAGUCCUUCUGUAUUUUCCACUUAAUAUAUAUUUUUACGACUUUUUUUCACACUUUUUGACACAAAAACGCGUUAGUGUUUGUGUACGUGCGUGCACGCGCACAGGUAUACGCGUACGCGAGACUACCCCGGAAGAACCCGUAGUGCAGGUUACGUUUUUUGUUGUUAUGUAGCAAAGCCGAGCAUAUAAUGGAUGUGUUUACGGGUACCUUUUGAGCUUGUUUCAUCAUCUCAAUGCGCCGAAAGUGAAUUUGAAACGACGGCGAAGCAACAUGAAGAGUGUGAAGAAGAAGCUCUACGUGCUUAUGGACGUGCUGUGCGUGCUUGUUGCGGCACUACCCUUUCUCAUCAUGACCAUCGUCUUCAAACCUUACCAGAGGGGCGUGUACUGCGACGACGAAAGCAUCAAGUACCCGCUCAAAGCGGACACCAUCACCCACAGCAUGCUGGCCGCCGUCACCAUCUCCUGCACAGUCGUCAUUAUCUCAUCCGGAGAAGCAUAUCUGGUGUACAGCAAAAGGAUUUACUCCAAUUCCGACUUCAACCAGUACGUGGCCGCCCUCUACAAGGUUGUGGGCACCUUCCUGUUUGGAGCCUCGGUUAGCCAGUCGCUAACUGACCUGGCCAAGUUCACCAUCGGCCGGCCCAGGCCUAACUUCAUGGCCGUGUGCGCCCCUAAAGUGUGCACGGGCUACAUGCAGAUAAUCAACUGCACGGGCAAUCCACAGGACGUCACAGAGUCCAGGUUGUCCUUCUACUCGGGUCACUCGUCUUUCGGCAUGUACUGCAUGCUCUUCCUUGCGCUGUACGUGCAGGCCCGGCUGGUGGCCAAGUGGGCGCGACUCCUGCGGCCCACCGUGCAGUUCUUCCUGGUGGCCUUCGCCGUCUAUGUAGGCUACACGCGCGUCUCCGAUUACAAGCACCACUGGAGCGACGUGCUGGUGGGGCUGCUGCAGGGGGCGCUCGUCGCCAUGCUCAACGUGCGCUUUGUGUCGGACUUUUUCAAGAAGCGUCCGCCGCGCUGCGCCAAGCCCGAGUGCGCCGACAGCGAGGAGCCCGAAAGGAAACCCAGCCUUCAAUUUCUCGACUCGGAGCACACCAACCAUUACAACUGUCAUCCGGUGUGACCCCGCUCGCCUCCAAUCACACGGUACCAACCCCCUUCCCUCCCUCCCUCCCUCCCCCAUGACACCCCCACUUCAUCCGGCGGGCGUGUCGUCUUCCCGUUUUGAGUCAACCACUCACCUCCCUUCUGCUCCUCACUACCACUAGACUGAGCGAGAGAGUUCGUCCUCUCCGAAACGCCUCCUCGUCCUCUUGGAGGCAGCGUCCGUAACGCACGCGCCGCCGGUUUCGCGUUGAAGGCAUAGACUCGGAAAUGACGUGGCGGCGCAAUGCCGGCUGAGAAAUCUCUGACGACAAGCUCGUGUUCAUUCAUUCGUUCUCAUUUUGGCUUUUUGUACCGAUGUCGCUUUUGUCGUGCGUCGGUGUGGAUUCUCUUCGAGGAGCACCACUACUGCCGCAUGAGCUUUGCCCAUCAGAUCCUUCUUGAGGUAUGCCCGCGCAAUCCAGUAAAUGACAAAUUUUGCCUGAAACACAGUCGUGCAGUUGGAGUAUUCGGGGGAACAAAAAGCACGGCGGGGCCACUCAAUUUUGAGAUUUGAAAACAGAUAGCUGAAGCUGAAAGAGAAAGUGUUAACAUAUGCUCCCUCUUACGUGUUCCAGUUUAGGGGUGAGUGGUAUCAUUUUGAACACGUUUUGUAUUUUACAAGAAAAGAUGCAAAAUCGCAAGAAAAAAUGUUGAAUAUUUUGAUGGUUGUUGUUGUUGUAAUGUUGCUUUUUGAGGGUGGGGGGGAAUGUUAUAUAAGAAUUCGAAGUGUAACAAAAAUUGAUGUGAAUCUCACCAUCAAACUGGAUCGUUUCUCUUUAAAAUGUGCCACCCUUGAAUCAAAUAGCACCCCAACAA